UGUAUAGCGACCAGUCCAUUGUUUGUCUAUGUGGCCUGACACUGACUGGCGACCAGUCACAUUUCAUGCUGAGUGGCUGAUGUUUUUGUUUACAGCGUGGCUGAGGUUGAACUGUUUUGAUGCGAGCUAGCACGUGUGGGCUCAAAUGGGGGUGUGUGAGAGAGAGAGAGAGAGAGAGAGAGAGAGAGAGAGAAAGAGAGAGUGAAUUUUAUCCAGCUCAAGGCAACAAUCCUCCUCAAGCUGAUCAGUAGGACCCUGGCCUGCGCAUUCACGUUCCAGGACGUUUUUUGUGGAAUGUUUCGAGGAAAAACGUGACAGACUUGACUGGACCUGCGUUUUCAUUGGCGAGCUCUUGCACUGUGCGUGGACAUGAUGCGAUCGUGUUGAGUCUUGCGUUGGGAUCUGAUGGUUGGAGGCCAAAUUUAAAUGGAUUAAUCUUGGCUCCCCAACAGAGGACGUCCUCUGGGCCAAGUCCGAUCACCUGGCUGGACGAGGCCCAACGGUUUGUUCCAGGCACAGCGGAAGGAUGUCUCAAGAUCUGUGUUAAGCGCCAUGCAACACCGGAGGCUGGUCCUCAAGGACUUGUUCAUGGAAUUCUUGAGGCGUCGGCUUGACUCAUCUUGAACGGAAGUUACAAGUUCACUGUUGACAUGCUUUACUUCGACGUCUUCAAAUCCAGUGCAAAUGAUCCAUGCUGUUGCUCCCCAGAAAGAGAAAGCCUCACAGCACCUUGAGGUCAUUGGUCAAAGAGUAAUUUUGACCCAAAUCAAAUAUGGGGAGAGACGUCAGUCAUCCGGGUCUGGAGAUUUCGUCUGCAAAGCACAUACGGGGUGCCACAUAUGUCGUUUUCUUAACCUUACACUCACUCGUUACCUGCUACUUCCUGUUUUGCUCUGAAGCAUCGGCGAGCUUGCUGGGCACGGAGCACGACUACGGCACCAGCCCCAAAUUUGUGUGCAUUCCCAUCCCCCCAGAAGCAGACCCCAGCUGCUACUCCCCACCCAGCGUGCCCCACGGGCCCAGCGCCAACGGCCACACCAAUGGCCACGGCAGUCGAAUCCUGAUCUCGGAUGAGGCCAAGACCACCAUCUUGCACCUCCGUGAGAGUCUGGUGAGGCAGAAGGAGACCAUUCUGGACCAGCGCGAAACCAUCAGGGAGCUUACAGCCAAGCUCACCUUGUGCGAGGGCUUCGGUGGUCACCACAGCAACGGCCAUCACAACGACCAUUACGACAACCACCACAACAAUCAUCACGACGACCAUCACGACAACCACCACGACAGCCACUCUUCACAUCACGGGUCCUAUCACGGCAGCGAUCACCACUUCUCUCAUGGCAGCAGCCACAGGUCAGACCCCCAUCACUGGGAUUCGCAUGCCAAACAUGGUUCCUUCUCGCCGGAGCAGACAGGGAAGACCCUGCAGACGCUGAAGGAACGUCUGGAGAACUUGCAGGCAAGGAACUCUUCCAGCUCCUACUCCAGCUCCUUGAGAGAACUCCUCCAGCGCAAAAUCAACGCUCUGGAGGAGCAGCUGCGCAGUUAUUACAGGGACCACCACGAUGACGACCACCACGACGACCACCACGACGACCACCACGACGAUCACCACGACGACCACCACGACGACCACCACGACGAUCAUCACGACAAUCACCACGACGACCACCACCGUGACAAUCAUCACGAUGACGAUCACCAUGACAAUCGUCACGAUGACCACCACGAUGACCACCGCGAAGAACACCAUGGUAACGGUCGCCACAACGACUACCACAGCAGCCACCGCAGGAGCCAUCACUCCAACCACCACAGCGACCACCACACUCGACAUACCGAUCCUCGCUACAACCACCGCGACUGGCACGGCAGCAGCCGCCAUUCUGGCCGCUAUGUCAACCAUCACAGCAACCCGUACGGCCACCGCGACAAUCACCACGGGAGUCAUCACGAAGGCCACCGCGACGAUCACCACGACGAUCGUCACGGCGCUCGUCACGACAAUCACGGCGACGGUCACCACGAUCACCAUGACGAUCACCACGACGACCACCGCCGCCUCCCUCAGCGACUUCCAUUCAGCAGCAAAGAAACAAGCAUGCGUAAUGCCGGACACAGCAAACUGGAGUCCGUCCUCAGCCAGUUGCACCACGGCCCCUCUGAGCAUGGAGGCCACAAGAGGCUGAAGAGCUCCGGUGCCUUCCUAUUGGACUUCCCCAUGAGGACCAAUUACAUGUAUGCCAGGAUGAAGCGCUCCCUCGCAACCGAGCUUUUCGCCCUCACAGUCUGCCUGCGCCUGAAGGUGGGCGACGGCCCCGGGAUGGGCACGCCGUUCUCCUACGCCGUGCCGGGCCAGGCCAACGAAUUGGUGCUCAUCGAGUGGGGUACCAACCCAAUGGAGCUGCUAGUCAACGACAAGGCGGUGACUUUGCCAGUCACAAUGAGCGACAGGAAGUGGCACCACGUGUGUGUGACAUGGGCCACGCGUGACGGCGUGUGGGAGGUCUACCAGGACGGGGCCAGGAAAGGAUCGGGUCAGAACCUGGCGGCCUGGCACGCCAUCAAACCUGGAGGGAUGUUUCUUCUCGGACAAGAGCAGGACACCCUGGGCGGCGGCUUCGACGUGACGCAGUCGUUUACAGGCGAGCUGUCAGACGUGCACGUGUGGUCGCGAGUGCUGACGCCGUCCGAGAUCCACGGGCAGGCGUCGUGCGGGGCCCACAUUCCGGGUGACGUUGUAUCGUGGGAGGAGGAAGGCGUGGAGCUGCACGGCGGCCUGGCAGAGUUCCCCUUCGACCCUUGCCCCUGAGGCCCCGGCGAUCAGCCUUCUCCAGACCAGGACCAGACGACCUCCAUUCCCAACUUGCAUGCUUUAUCUAGAAUGGUCAGGAUGUCGAGUGGGCUGAGCACAUCCCGGACGGCGCGUGGAUGUUGUGUUUGCGGCACGGCCGCGUACAGCGACUCGGUUUUCCACCUUUUCACAACGACUUGAGGCCGGUGAGAAGCGCCAAGUAUGUGAUGAACGAUGGCCGUCAUUUCAAAACCUAAUUUGCCAACCUAACUUCAAACCUGACUUGCCACCCGAACCCCAAAGAGUAAUUUACCAACCAAAAUUACAACAAUAACUUCAAAUCAUAACUUGCCUGCCAAGCUUGCUACUCUAACUCACCACCUGGACUUGCCAACCCUCUAAUCCUUACGGGACACUUUGCCAGCCCAACUUCAAACUUGUCACCACAAUUGAACUCUUUCAGAGACAGCGGUUACUACAGUGGACAGUUUAUCAGGUUACCGGUUGUCAUUAUUCGUGCAUAAAAGGGUUAAAAUGCUAACCUGAAACCCCAACUUAAAAACCUAGCUUGCAACAAAACCAAAAAGAGUCCCGCCAGGAUGUCCUUGGGCCGUGCCAGGAACUCUUCACUGAGGAAGUGUCCGGGAUGCACCCUGACCCAAUACCCGAGCCGCCUGAAGUUGCUCCUUCCAAAAGGCUGGGAUACUUGAACUCAACUCAGGUUGGAUCUCAUCGGUGACUUUGGUCAACCAAGACAAUUUGCACGACAAUAUUCAAGCCAUAUUUGGCACGGGACGGCAAUUAUCGACGAGUGUGUCAAAAGACUGGUUACCAGUGUUCGGUUCUGUGCAUGUAAUUGGAUGAGUCGAUUGCGUAAGCGGCACUUGAGGCGCUCGGUCAGCGCUAACCUUACUUCAACAUGCCACUGCACUAAAGGCUAACGUUCCCACAGCCACCCAUAGCUUAUAAGAGAUUUAGCACCACUGAUGCGCGCCCAUGAUCCCGCCUAAUUCUCUGCUCGCUCACACACACACACACACCUUUGUCGCCCGGGCAACCCAGGUGAAGGAUUGCAUGUUGAUCUGCUAACAGUUUAACAAUAUAUAUAUAUAUAUAUAUAUAUAUAUAUAUAUAUAUAUAUAUAUAUAUAUAAAUACAAUUUUUGGGGUCCCCCCCAAAAAAUGUGGCACU